CUGCCCUCUGCGCGCGCAGCGCUCCCGUGAGGCAGUGCGAGGCGCGGAGCGCGGCGGCGGGUUUCUGAGGCGUGCGAACGGAGCUUCUAGAGUUUUAAGAUCUGUUUGAGAACGGUUCUUAAAUCUGAAGCCUGAUGUUGCCUGCAGUAGGUUGAUCGUCUCUGGACAUUGAUUCCUGUGUGAAUGGCGGAUGCCGAUUUGAGUCGCUGAGGAGAAGUCAGAUUCUAAAAAUAUUUUUUCCUUUCUCUAUGGACUUAAUAUAAAAUUAGUUUCGUUUGUGUUUUGGGUUUAUUUUCUAAAUAGCAACAUAAACCCUUAUCUGUUACAAAGAAAUUGGGUACUUAGACCAUGAGUUGUGGAAAAGAGUUUGUGGAAACAUUAAAAAAAGUCAAUUAUCCCAAAGCUGAUACUCUUAAUGGGGAAGAUUUUGACUGGUUGUUUGAGACUGUUGAAGAUGAAUCAUUUCUGAAGUGGUUUUGUGGGAAUGUGAAUGAACAGAAUGUAUUGUCUGAAGAAGAAUUGGAAGCUUUUAGCAUUCUUCAAAAAUCCGGCAAGCCUAUCCUAGAAGGAGCAGCAUUGGAUGAAGUUCUUAAAACCUGUAAAACUUCUGAUUUGAAGACAUGUAUCUUGGAUGACAAAGAGCUAGAGAAAUUAGAGAUUGAGGUUCAAACUCUGCAGAAAUUGAAGAACCUAAAAAUUCAGCGACGUAAUAAAUGCCAGUUGAUGGCUUCAGUAACAAGCCACAAAUCUCUGAGGUUAAAUGCUAAAGAAGAAGCGGCCGCUAAAAGGCUGAAGCAGAGUCAAGGGAUUCUAAAUGCUAUGAAUACCAAGAUAAAUAAUGAACUUCAGGCUCUUACUGAUGGAGUUGCUAAAUUGAUGAUGUUCUUCAGACAUUCUAAUUUGGAUCAAAGGACGAAUCCACUGGUGUUUUUAUCUCAGUUUUCCUUGGAAAAAUAUCUAAGCCAGGAAGAGCAAAGCACAGCAGCAUUAACUUUAUAUACCAAAAAACAGUUCUUUCCGGGUAUACAUGAAGUAGUUGAAAGUUCAAAAGAAGAAAAUUUUCAACUUUUAGAUAUACAAGCACCAUCUAUUUGUGAUAAUCAAGAAAUCCUUGAGAAGAGAUGGCUAGAGAUGGCUAGGCUGCAGCUAGCCUACGUUUGUGCUCAACAUGAGUUAAUUCACUUGAAAGCAAGUAAUUUGAGCAUGAAGUCAAGUAUACAGUGGGCAGAGGAGAAUCUUCAUAGCCUCACUAGCAAGGCUCUUGGCAAAGAUAAUUUGGAAGCUAAAAUUUCUAACUUGAGUAGUGAGAUUCUGAAACUUGAAGAACAAAUCUCUCAUAUGAAAGAUAAAAGUUUGCCUGCUGUGGUAAAAGAGAAUGCCCAGUUAUUGAAUAUGCCAGUUGUAAAGGGAGAUUUUGAUCUACAGAUUGCUAAACAAGACUAUUAUACAGCAAGACAAGAGUUAGUUUUAAAUCAGUUGAUAAAGCAAAAGGCAUCUUUUGAACUUCUACAAUUAUCAUAUGAAAUUGAAUUGAGAAAGCAUCGGGACAUAUAUCGUCAACUUGAACAUUUGGUUCAAGAGCUUAGUCAAAGUAAUACCAUGCUCCACCAGCGAUUAGAAAUGCUAACAGACCCAUCAGUAUCUCAGCAGAUAAAUCCGAGGAAUACCAUUGAUACCAAGGACUUUUCUACCCAUAGGCUUUAUCAACUUUUAGAAGGAGAGAAUAAGAAAAAAGAAUUAUUUAUAACCCAUGGAAACCUGGAAGAAGUGGCUGAGAAAUUAAAAAAGGAUGUUUCUUUAGUACAAGAUCAAUUGGCAGUAUCUAUUCAAGAACAUUCUUUCUUUCUGUCCAAACUGAAUAAUGAUGUGGAUAUGCUUUGUGAUACUUUGUAUCAAGGAGGAAAUCAGCUUUUGCUUAGUGAUCAGGAGUUAACAGAGCAGUUACAUCAAGUUGAAUCCCAACUGAAUAAGCUAAAUCAUCUUCUUAGUGAUAUUCUUGCUGAUGUGAAGACAAAAAGAAAAAUUUUGGCAUCUAAUAAACUGCAUCAAGUGGAAAGAGAAUUAUAUGUAUAUUUUUUAAAAGAUGAAGAUUAUCUGAAAGAUAUUGUGGAGAAUUUAGAAAACCAAUCAAAGAUUAAGGCCGUUGGUCUUGAAGAUUGAAAAUUACUAAAAACUGAAUCUUUACUACAUAUGCUGUUUUAAUAUUUUAUAUAUUAGGAAAAUAUAGCUAAUAAACCCUACUAAAAUUUUAAAUUUGAGGCCCAUGGAACAUUUCAUUUAAUUCAUUCAAGUAUUACAUCGUUUGGUUUUUUCCUUAUAUAGUAUGUUCAAAGUACCGCCAGUGCUUUUUAUGAAUUAACCAUUUGCUUGGUGGCAAUUAGUUCAGGUAACCUUUUACUUACAGGGAAAAAGCAUUAUUAUAUAAUGCAAAUAUUUCUUAAUAGAAUUAGUUCUAGCUCUCCUUUACUUUUUUUUUAGAAAUAGAAAUUUUCUGCUGUUAUAUAUUUUAAACUUUUGUAGAACUUUGAAUCAGCAUUGUUAAACCUGUGGACCCUAGUAUACGGAAGAGCCAAGUCCCCUCAUAUUUGGGUAUAAAGUAAAACUCAGCCACUCAAACUGUGUAAUUCCUUAAUUCCCUGCUAUAGACUUUGAGACUCGACUCCUGUUUGCAUCCCAAAGAAUGUCACGUGUCCUUCGACCAUUGUUCAUUUUAGCAGCUGUGUCCUGGGGGCUCAAAAUUUCUGCAGGACAGAUCUUAGCGGUUUUGGACUUCAGUGUGACUUGCACAUUUUGAAAAUACCGUACAAGUGGUUUCUCAGAGGAUGUAUAAUGCUAUUUUAAUCGGUUUCUCUGGAGUGAAAAUAGUUAAGUGUUAGAUUGUAUUAGUUGGGGUACAGAUGUAUUCUUUGGACAAUUAGAAAUUAUUUUGAAUGGUAUGAAAUCCUUUGAAGUAGCUUAUUUAUCAGUUGUGACAUCAAAUGCUUCUUGAGUGCUUGAUUUAUAUGUGGCCUGUGGUAUAUACUAUGUAAGCUUUACAGAGGAAGAAGGUAGAGCUAUUACCUUCAAGAAUAUUCCUAAAAAAAAAAAAUUUCCUGUUCCAGAAUAUCUUGCCUUUUUAAUAUGGAAUGCCAGUCUAAACGCCAUGCAUUUUAGGUGGUCCUUGUGGAAUUCUUUAGCUAUGAUCAUCAGAACAUGGGUAUGCUUAGGUGAUAAGUCUUGAUAAUUUUUAUAAUCUGUUGAACGAAAAUAUCUUGCCAAUUAUAGUAUUUGUACCUUAUUUAAAUAUUUAUAUUAAGUAGAUCUAAAUGUGUACGAAAAAUUUGUAACAAAUUUUGUCUAAGAUUUUGGUAUUAGCUCCUCAUGGGUGACUUUUGUUCCUUUUUAAGUUUUUUUUCCUCUUCUACAGUGGAAUAGAGAAUUUAUU